UUUCAGUUGCCAAACAGCCGUCGUAGCGCUCGCUCAGCUGGCGCAGUGAUCAGUUCCCGAGUGUUCGGUGUUCGGUGUUCUGCGUUCAUUCGUUUCGUUGCGUUUUGCGUUUCCUCCCGAGUCGGCGGUCGUCAUUUUCGAAUUUCACUUUUAACUGUUUGUAGGCAAGCGCGCCAACUCGAACGUACCGUUACCGCUGCACGUUACGGUUAUUUAUCAUCAACCUAGCAUGACAAGGCUCAAUUAGGCCGCCUAACGCUUUCAUCCAACCACACCAAAACACCAAAACACCAGCGACCAAGCAUCAGCAUCAGCGGUCUGGACUCAAAACUCACUCAGACAUAAACCAAGAACUAGAACUAGAGCUUCUUCUGCCACGCAUCACACCACUGACCUCCUGCCAGCGAGCCAAGGCCGGCACCAGCUGGCGCUUGAGCAGGCAGGCCUAUCAUCCCCAUACCAUCUCCCUGCCCAACAGCACAUUUCUCUGCAUCCACACAUACCACAACCACACUUACCGAACCACCUUCUGUUACGAUCUUCUGCCGAAACCGCUACCGCUGUCGCAACCGAAACUGAAACACGAAUAAAAUGAAUUAUCAGAAGGCAAGUGAAAAGCAUUCGCCGUCCUCAUUGAAGCAGAGGCCGUCGGGCAACGGCGGCAGCAUACAAAACUUUUGGAACGAACGCAUUAUGGAGCGCUUCAUAAAGGCGAAUCUAUUCAUUAUCUGCUGCGUGGUGGCUGUUCUAUUGCUGAUUGUCUACCUGGGGGCCUUCUCGUGUGAGGUCUCGUGGAUACUGGAGGCCCACGGAGAGCUUCCCUUUGCCGCCUACACGCUCUGCACCCUCUACUUUGUGAUGUUUGUGGCGACAACGAUACUGAUUCACGGCCUGGUCAGCGGCCUGUGCUGGCCCCUGUUUGCCUGGUCGGGCAUCAUUGGCCUCCUCUCCAUUCCGGAGCUAGUCUUUGUGAUGAUCAUGACCACACAGCAUUGGGGCCUGCAGUCGGUGCACGGACUGACGGAGCUGACCUCGUACCUGAUCCGGCUGAUCAUCAAUUGCUUGGCGUUGAUCUGCGUCAUUCCCACGGGUAUUCGGUGGCGCCGCGAAACGCAGGUGCUCAGCCAGCUGCAGGGUUUGGCCACGCGGCUGUCCCUGCAGACGCCGGCACCCAGCGUGCCCAUGACCAAGGCGGACUCCCGGCGAUCCAGCCAGCGGCUGAGUGGCUUCGAGAACGCCGGCUAUCAGCUGUGCGAUGAGACAUCUGGUAAGCUGCCACUGGGCCCCGGCAUGGGAAUGGGACUGAACAAUCAGUGCGGCAAUGGCGGCAGCCAGGCCUUCGGCUCGCAGAACGAGUUCAAUGCCAGCAUGUUUGCCCCGGCCCUGGCGCAGCAGUUCAACAACGCCGCCCAGAUGCAGAGAGCAGCUGGAGGAGGAGGAGGACCUCCUGGACAUCGCGCUCAGUCUCUGAUGGAUCUGCGCUGCACCUUGCCGGGCAUGUACAACCCCCGACACGUUCUGGACACAGAGGACAAGAAUGCCAAGUACUUCAACAUAACCAUCGACGACCUGAAGAACAAUCUCCAGGACUCACAUCGCCCGUCGCCCCCCUCGCUCAUCGGCUCGGCCAGCAACGAUCCCAUCUACUGCUCCAUCGAGCCCAAACAGAUGACUCCACCGCCGGCACAGCAGCGUCCCCACCACGGUCAUCGACCCAGGGGCAGCCACAAGCAGCCGCCGCCGGGCCAGCUCUCGCGUAACUGCAUCUCCCUGGAGAACCUGGACGGGAUCAGCAAGGUGCAGAACGACCUGAACGCCUACGGCAACAACCUGCUGCAGAACUACACCCAGCAGCAGCAGUACUACCUGGCCAUGCUGCUCAACCCCCUGCACCAGCAACAGCAGCAUCAGCAGCAGAUGCAGCAACUGCAACAGCACCACCACCAGGCAGCAGGUGGCAUCUACCGCCGCCCGUCAGCCUGCAGCUCCAUUGGCGGCUUCAGCGGAACGGUGCUCGCCCAGCCGCGGCGUGGCUCACACCACAGCCAACAGAUGCAGUACUACGGGGGCUUUGGGUAUGCCAACUAUGCCAAUCCCUACAUCACGGCCAACAGCAAGCUGUCGCUGGGCAACGAGUCGGAUGACUACCGCAAGUACCGCGAUGUGGCGCUGUAGGAGGUCCACGUUUAGAUGCAGAUACAGUCCAGUCCAGUCAGUGCUUAGAUUAUAGAUACUUAAAUUAUAGAUUGUAGGACCUGCUCGACUUAGAAUGAGAUUCCUCGGAAUAACGACCAAAGAGCCACAAACUAACUCAGUUUACGUUCGCAAACCAACAAGCGACAGACUAGACUCCACGUUGAGUGAUAGUUAACCCUGGGAGACCAUCUCCAUCAGCAGACACUUGUUGGAAUCAUCGACUAACUAACCAACUAGCAACAUCAACUAGAUUCGACCUAAGUUUAGACAUAAGCCUCGACAGCGAACAUUCAUCGUUUAAUACGAAUAACAAUACUCGACACACUCGAAUACUCGGACUGAUUGGCAGUCCCAACCAUUCACUCGACAACUGUACAUACUUGUAAUUAAAGGCAAUCAUGUUUCACUUAAA